AUGGCACACCUUCAACUUAUUCUUGAUCGGCUUAUUGCCGAAAAUCUUCAUGGACCUAUAUUGACUACUACUACAAGUAGUAGUAUGAUCACUUAUAAUCAGAGAAUAUCGAGACGUCGUGAUUCGCAACCUGAAUCGCCAAAUACAAUUCAACAACGAGACGACCAGGGGCUUGAUUCGGGAGAUCCGAGAUGGCCAAAUCUUUUUGUAGAAUUUUUCCUCGAGAAUAGUGAUGCUAAAAACGAUGAUUUGUUAUUUUUCGUAAGACAAACACAUUCAGAAAACGAAAGUCUUGAUCCAGUGUUUGUUAAAAGAAAGACCACUCCAAAUAUAAUGCCACCUCUAGAUGAUGCAGUAUUAUGGAAAGAAACAUUUUUUCUGAAUUUGAUCGUUCAGUUACCUUGUAAAUUAACGGUUGCAGUAUGUACACGGACACCGAAUGAUGGACCAAACCAAAAGACAAGCAUGACAUGUUCAAAGAAACAUGUUUCAAAACGUGUUUAUGCUCUUCCAACUAAGUCAAGAAUGGACGUUAAGGAAACAUCUAUGGAGUGUUCUUAUCCUCUGAUUUAUUAUGUGAUUGAUGAUUAUGAGGAUAUGUUUGAACAUUUAAUUGUCGCAGAAGGAGAGUAUUUAUGUGUAGAAUUGGCAGUUACUAUACCAAAUAAGUCAGACGAUGAUGAUGACUUUAGCGAUAGGGACAAUGAUAGUGAUGAAUAUUAUUAUGAUACUUCCACUAAUAAUAGCAAAAAAAGUGGCAGACACAGAAGAUCAAUGACAAAUGGACCUUUCCCACAGCCAUCGAAUGAUUCAAAAAUCACUUUAUUUCAAGGUGCUGCUUCUUAUUCUUCUUUGUUAGGUAUCUAUAAACAAAAAGCUGCUAGUAAAUUAAAUAAGAGAUUUAAGAUGGGGCCUGUAACGCCGCCUACUGAAUAUAUUAUGAUGCGAGGACCAGGUGGAAAAGGACAUGCACAGGUUGAUGAAUCCAAUGAAGAUUUAUUGGAUUUAACACCGAAUGCUUCAAAUUUUGCACCUUCAUUUAAUGCUACUUCAUUAGCAACAGGAGUUGAUUCUAAUUUACCGUGGAAUUUUAAUAGCGGAAAUACUACAAUUACUAACAUUAAUAAUGGAAAAGCAUCAAUCAGACAGAGGCCAACUUCAUCGAAUUCGUUCUUUCAAUCUUUGAAAAGAUUAUCACAAUCUAUAACGGAUAAAUCUUCAUCUGAUCCUGAAAGUUUAAAAUGCUGCAUGACGUUUGUCAAUGUUCCUUGGACAAGUAUUAUCACGUAA